GGACAUGGGCGCCCGGGAGCUGCCCGGGCCCGCGCGCCUGGUGCCGCCGCUGCUGCCGCUGCUCCGGCUGCUGCUCCCGCUGCUCCCGCCGCUGCUCUCGCUGCUGCCGUCCUGCCCCGCCAGCCGCGCCGCGCCCUUCGACCCCACCUGGGACUCCCUGGACGCCCGGCCGCUGCCCGCGUGGUUCGACCGGGCCAAGUUCGGCAUCUUCAUCCACUGGGGCGUGUUUUCCGUGCCCGGCUUCGGUAGCGAAUGGUUCUGGUGGUAUUGGCAAAAGCAAAAGAUUCCGAAGUAUGUGGACUUUAUGAAAAAUAAUUACCCUCCUGAUUUCAAAUAUGAAGAUUUUGCACCACUAUUUAAAGCAAAUUUUUUUAAUGCCGACAAGUGGGCAGAGCUUUUUCAGGCCUCUGGUGCCAAAUACGUUGUCUUAACUUCUAAACAUCAUGAAGGCUUUACCUUGUGGGGUUCAAAGUAUUCGUGGAACUGGAAUGCUGUAGAUGAAGGGCCAAAGAGGGACCUUGUCAAGGAACUUGAGGUAGCCAUUAGGAACAGAACCGACUUGCGUUUUGGACUCUACUAUUCCCUUUUUGAAUGGUUUCACCCACUCUUCCUUGAAGACCAGUUGAGCUCAUUCCAUAAGCAAAAGUUUUCAAGUUCUAAGAUGCUGCCUGAGCUCUACGAGUUAGUGAACAAGUAUCAGCCCGAGGUACUGUGGGCGGAUGGAGAUGGAGGGGCUCCAGAUGACUACUGGAACAGCACCGGCUUCUUAGCCUGGCUGUAUAAUGAAAGCCCGGUUCGGGACACAGUAGUCACUAAUGAUCGCUGGGCAGAUGGCAGCAUCUGUAAGCACGGUGGCUACUACACCUGCAGUGAUCGUUACAACCCAGGACAUCUUUUGCCACAUAAAUGGGAAAACUGCAUGACGAUAGACAAGUUUUCCUGGGGCUAUAGGAAGGAGGCUAGAAUCUGUGACUAUCUUACAAUCAACGAAUUGGUGAAGCAACUUGUAGAAACAGUUUCAUGUGGAGGAAAUCUUUUGAUGAAUAUUGGGCCCACACCAGAUGGCACCAUUUCUGCAAUUUAUGAGGAGCGAUUAAGGCAAAUGGGAACCUGGCUAAAAGUCAAUGGAGAAGCCAUUUAUGAAACUAACACCUGGCGGUCCCAGAAUGACACUGUCACCCCAGAUGUAUGGUACACAUCCAAACCUAAAGAAAAAUUGGUCUAUGCCAUUUUUCUUAAAUGGCCCAUAUCAGGACAGUUAUUUCUUGGCCAACCCAAAGCUACUCCGGGGGCAACAGAGGUAAUACUACUGGGACAUGGACAGUCACUUAAGUGGGUUUCUUCGGAGCAAAAUGGUAUUAUGGUAGAAUUGCCACAGCUAACCUUUCAUCAGAUGCCCUGUAAAUGGGGAUGGACUCUAGCACUAACUAAUGUAGUCUGAAGUGCAGCAGGGUGGCCCAUGCUGCAGUUACAGCUAAGACUAGGAAAUACCAGGUUUCUAUAAUUGUAGAAUGUGGAGAAAGCAAAUGUAAAAUUGCUCAAAAAAAAUCAAGUAAUUGUUUACGCAGUUCAGCCCUCUUUUCUAAAUUACCCAUGUAAACAUUUUAACUCUCCAGUGAACGUUGCCACUAAAGUCUCUUCACACUGAAUUUGUUUCCAUGUUUAACUCAGAAGUGGAGAUUUUUUUGUUUUACAGCAGCUAGGAAUUGGUGGUGUUAAGGACUAAAUUGUGUUCUCCCCAAAUUCUUUUGGUGAAGCCCUAACCGGUAAUGUGACUGUAUUUGGAAAUAGGACUUUUGAAGAGGUAAUUAAGGUUAAAUGAGGUCUUAUGGGUGGGAUCCUAAUCCAGUAGGACUGGUGUCUUUAUAAGAAGGGGAAGAGAUACCAGGGAUGCAAGCACUCACAGGAAAGGCCAUGUAAAGAUGCAGCGAGAAGGCAGCCAGCUGCAAGCCAAGGAGAGAGGCCUUAGAAGAAACCAACCUGCUGACACCUUGAUCUUGGACUUUCACCUUUUAGAACUGUGAGACAGUAAGUUUCUGUUGUUUAAGCCACCCAGACUGUGGUUUUUUUGUCAUGGUAGCCCUACCAUACUGAUACAAGUGGUAUGCAUAUAAUAAACCUGACCAAACAUAUA